AUGAGUUCCCUUAAAGAUCCUGUCGAACCUAGCGAAGCCGCAAAGCCAGAUCCAAUUUUAAUUAUUAGUCCUACGUUAACUACAAGUCCAUUAACAGAUAAUUUUACCACGAACGUACAAAAUUCAAAGUUAGCACGAAACAAUGUGGUUCCGUCAAUUGAUACAACUUUAAAAGUGGCUGAGCCUCCAAAGGAAAGAAGAAUAACGAGUUUAAUCGCAAAUCCAAGUUCAUAUUAUGAAAUAGGAAAAUGGAAUGUUCUUGAUAUAGAUAGCAAAUAUAAUUCUACUAUGAUACCUGUUCCUAGGAGAUCUAUGUCGUUAACUUACCCAAAGUCAAAGUCUAUUGACAAGGAUUCUAGCCUUCCAAAGUCAAAAUCUGUUGACGAAGAGUCUAGUUUUUCGACCUCAACAAGCGUAAUAUCUUGUAACUUGGGUGUAGACAGAAAAUCUGCCUAUAAUCAAGAUUUUCUAUCUAUUUCAAAUGAUUUUCACCAAUCAAGCCCUCAAUCUUCUGACCAUUCAUUGUCUCCUUUACUAAAAAACGCUUUACUGGAUGGUCCUGCAAAAAAACUUCAUCAUAAUCGCGCUCAUUCUUAUACUCCAGAAACAAAUAGUGAACUAGCUCCUUUAGACAUCCCACAACGUCCAAUUUCCACAAAUUUAAGCUUACGACGUUUAAAAGAACAUACUUCAAUGACUUCUAGUGAUGAUAAUAUUUCAAAUAAUGUUAAAUCUGAUGAUUUACAAGAAUUUUUGUAUGAUUACGCUCGUGGAAAAUUCAAUCCUUCUUCUAUUCCAAAAAAGCCGAGAAGGUUAUCAACUAUAAAAUUGAAGGAUGUAAACUGGAAAUUUAGUUUACCAACUUCUCCUCUUUCGGAAAAUACUAUAACUAGUGAAGAUACUAUUGAUUCUUAUACUGGGAGUAGCGAUAAAGAAAAAUCAAAUUCAAUACCUUCUAUCACCGAAGAAACUAAAGAAAAUCUUCCUCCAUCUCAUGAUAAUGAACAUAAUGAAAAUUACGAUGGGGAUGAUUCCGAGUCCUAUGAUGACACUGAUUCUUAUUUUGCUCCUCCGAUGCCUCCAAAUGAGACUGAACGAAGAAGAGCUUUAUGGCGAUUCCAAAUAUUAAACACUUCACAAGAUGUAAAUUUUACACGUAUAGUUAGACUUGUUAAAGAACAUUUUAAAGUUCCAAUUACUUUAAUUUCUCUUGUAAAUACCACUCAUCAAUGGUUCAAAGCUGAAAAUGGUUUUGGUUGUACUCAAGCAAAGCGUGAAAUUAGUUUCUGUGGUCAUGCCAUUUUACAAGAAAACGGUGAACCAUUUGUAGUUCCUGAUUCAUUACUUGAUUGGAGAUUUAAGAAAAAUCCUCAAGUCAUAGGCCCUCCUUAUAUUCGUUUUUAUGCUGGUGCUCCUUUAAGAACAAAAGAUGGUCAUAAUGUUGGUACUCUUUGUCUAAUCGAUACUGUACCUCGUAAUGAUUUCUGCGAACGAAUGCGUGAAUCUUUAAAAGAUUUUGCAAAAGUGGUUAUGCGUGAACUGGAACUUUGGGCUGAUAGAUUGAGAUUAGGUGUUAGAAAUAAGAUGCAAUCUAGUCUCGCUGAAUUCAGUAAAUUUUGUCUCGAAACUCAGCUUGCUUACGGUGAAGAUGGUUCUGAAGAUGGUGAUCCCAUUAUGCGUAGAUGUUUUGAAAGGGCUGUAACUUUGAUAAAAGAUACUUUGGAUGUUGAUGCUUUAUAUUUAUUGGAAAUGCCUUCUUUAUCUGCACGACAAGUCACUUAUGCCAGUCGUCUAUCCAAUGAUUUCUCUAAUGAUUUUCUUUUGAAUAGUCCUCCUCCUGAAUUACCGACAAAACAUUUGAAAUUCCUAGCUGCUGCUGGUCUUUCGAUUUCUACUGACUCCAUUUCAACUCCCGUAACCACUACUUUUUUAACUCAUUUGAUGCAUACUCAUGCUCAAGGUUACAUAUUUCAAAAUGCUCUUCCACAAUUACCUAAUCUUUUCCCUCCUGAUAUGUGUUCUGGUAUUGUUGUUCCUAUCCAUGAUAAUGCAAAAAAUGCUUUUGGAUUUCUCAUUGCACUUACCAAAGAUCCUCUAAGGCAAUUUGAAGAUGAAGAACGUGUUUAUUUGGGAAAUUUUGGUGUCAAUAUUGUAAGCGAGGUUCUUAAACGACGUGUUAUUGUAGCUGAUAGAGCGAAAAGUGCAUUCAUUAGCUCGGUAUCACAUGAAUUACGAACUCCUUUACAUGGAAUUUUAGCUAGUUGUGAAUUAAUGAGUGAAGGACAUUUGAAUGAAGCGCAAACUGAAUUACUUAAGACCAUUCAAAGCUGUGGGACUGGCUUAAUUUCAAUAAUAAAUAAUGUUUUAAAUUAUGCGAAAAUGGAUAAUUCUCGUAAUUAUGAUUUAAUGCAUCCUCCACCCGUUCCAGUUUUGAAUAUAAAGCAAAAAGAAAAAGUUGAUUUGGUUAAAAUAUUGGAAGAUGUCGCUGAAUCAUGUGUAGUAGGACAACAGAUGGUGUCGGUUAUCUAUGGAAAAAAUAAUAACAAUGAUGAAAAUAGUUCACCAUCCCAAGCAAGAAGACGACAUGUUUGUAGAUUAUUACAUCCGUACCAAUCUAAGAGAGAAACUAGUUCGCCUGAUGUUGAUCUUCUUAUGGAUAUAGAACCACGUGAAGAUGGAUGGUGGGUAAUGGCAGAAGAUGGUGCAAUCAGGCAGAUGCUUAUAAAUGGAUAUAUUCACUUGUCGCUUGCAACUGUUGCUUGUCAGCGUGAAACUUGCGAACAUUCUUGUUGUAAAGAUUUCACAUCCGACUUUGCCGAUGAAUCAGAACGAUUGCAUGUUCUCUUUACUAUAACUGAUACCGGUCGCGGAAUUGAUCCAAAUUUUCUUAACACGCACCUUUUUCAUCCAUUUACUCAAGAGGAUCCUCUUCAAAUUGGUACUGGAUUAGGUUUAAGUAUUGUCAAAUUAUUAGUGGAAAAGAUGGGUGGUAAAUUGGAUGUCGAAAGUGAAGUAAAUGUUGGAACUAGAGUGAGAAUUUGGUUGGACUUUGAGAAGGCUAGUGAGUCAGAUACUGAUAGUGACGAUGAUGCUAGCGUUAGAGAUAAAAAGACUAUAAAGAGGAAAGAAAGGGAAAUUAUAUUGAAAGAAUUUCAAAAUAAAUCUGUAGUGGUCAAGGGCGCUAGAGGGAAAGUUAAAGAAAUUACUGACCGAUGUCUCAAAAAUUGGUUUAGUAUAAAAAAUGUGGUUCUUGAGGAACGACCUAGUAAGUUAGAUGGAGAUUUAGUGAUAAUUUUUAAUGAAGAUUUAGAAAUUUUAAAAUCUUUAUUAUCAGAGAGUAAAAAUAAAUCGUGUUGGUUUAAUUCAAAUUUAAUUUCUGAAGAAUCAGAUAAAUUAAAUGCACCAAUUAUUUUUGUCACUUCAUUGGAAAAGCAUGGUAAAUUUAGAGAAAUAAUUGAACAAAUUCAAGAUGAAAUUGAGAUGAAUACAAACCAAAAAUAUCGUAAAGUUGCUAUUAUUUCAAAGCCUAUCAGCCCUCGAAAAAUAGAAAAGGCUAUUCUAUCAUGCUUUAAUCUUAAAUUAGACGUCAAAACUGAAGAUUUACCACAAAUUAUUACGACACCACCUAUUAACGAUGAUGACACAUCUUCAGACGAUACGCUUGUGUCUCUACAAACACCACUUGACACGCCACCAACGAAAAGUGACCCGUUUGAAAACACAAACAUUGAUUCACAAUCAUCAAAUAAGUUAAAUCCUUUAAUUCUAGACGCAUCACAAAUGUUGUCAUCCUCACCUCCAACUUUAGAUAAAUUUGCAUUGACACCAAAAUCACGAACUUUAUCAACAUCACGUUCAUUACCUGCAGUAACUACCCCUGAAAUAGAUCCUUCCACACAAUCACAAUUAGGACUUCGUGGACCGAGAGUUCUUAUAAUAGAAGAUAAUGUAGUGAAUAGAAAAAUCUUGUCUACAUUUUUGAAAAGUCGUGGAAUUGAUUUUGAAGAAGCAGAAAAUGGAGCCAUUGGUGUUGAAAAAUAUCGAAAUGCUUUAGAACAAAAAGGUGAACGAGAGAAAAAAUUCGAUGUGGUGCUAAUGGUAAUGAAUGGUAAUGUUGCCACGUCUGAAAUCAGAAAGAUAGAGAGAGAAUAUGCUCAAAGACGACAGAAAUUAAAACAAAGAUCAUUUACUGAAACUUUAAAGGGUAUAUCAAAAAUCCCGACAGGACUAUUUCCUACAUUAGCAAAAACUAAUACCGAACAAACCGAUACAUCACAUCAAUCAUCAAUACCAAUAGAAAAUAAAUCUUUAAUUUUCGCAUUAACUGGAUUAGCUAGAGAAGAAGAUAAAGAUAUUGCAUAUGGAAGUGGAGUUGAUGGAUUUUUAACAAAACCUGUUAGUUUAAAAACUUUAGAAAAAGUACUUAAAAGAUGGUCGGAAAAUGGUGACUUUACUGAAGAAUUUCCAGAAAUAAAACCACCAACAUUAGUUAAGAAUGAUGAAAAUUUAACUCCCGUAAAUGGAAAUCAAGAGAUUUGA